AUGCACUGGUUUCCUUUCAGAAUUUAUUCCAAACGUCGUUUUCCAGUUUCCCAUGUGAGAGUGCUCCGCUUUUCGAAUCCGUCUAACGACAACACUGGGAUUCGCAAUGUGAUCUAUACCGUGAACCACAUUCGCAUUUUCAAGCUGAAAAAGGAAAGACUCGAUCUGAAUGCAAUAAGGUGCCUUCAGAAGCCUUCACGUGUUCCUACUUUACCGCCAUUCGUACUCACGCCUUCCAACGGAGCAACGUGCGGCCUGUACCUACAAGUGGGCAAAGAGUACCUACUGUCA